AUGGCGUCAAUCAAUCAGAUGGGCGAGGGAACAUUACCCACGGUGUCCGAACUCUUCUCCCUCCAAGGCAAAACAGCAAUCUGCACGGGCGGUACUGGUGGGCUCGGACUCUCGAUGGCAAUUGCACUUGCCGAAGCAGGCGCAGAUAUUGUCUCAAUCCAAUUAAAAGACGAUCCAAGAGCGUCGAUGCUAGAGGAAGGAGUCAAAGCGUGCGGGCGAAAGUUGCAAGUAUUCGAGGCCGAUGUUGCUGAUUCAGCGGCGUUGAGGGCGUGUUUUGCGAAGAUCUGGGAAAGUGGUGUCACGCCGGAUAUUCUGCUGAAUUGCGCGGGAAUUAAUCGACGGGCGAAAGUGGAGGAUUUCACAGAUGAAAAUAUCGAUGCGGUCUUUCAAAUCAAUUUGAAGGCAUCGUUUGUGGCUGCCCAAGAGAUGGGGAGAAGGUUGCUGGAGUUGAAGCGGCCGGGCAAGAUCAUCAAUAUUGCCUCGAUCAUCUCAUUCAUUGGAAACAUCAAUAUCGCGGCGUAUGCUUGCACGAAGGGAGGCGUUCUGCAGAUGACCAAGGCAAUGAGCAACGAGUGGGCGUCCAAGGGCAUCAAUGUGAACUGCAUCUGUCCUGGAUAUAUCAAAACCGCCAUGACAAAGGUAUACACGGACGAUCCAGAGUAUACCAAUUACAUCAUCGGAAGGACCCCCGCUGGCCGAUGGGGAUUACCUGAAGAUUUCCGAGGAGCCAUCAUCUUCCUGGCGAGUAAGGCGAGUGAUUUCGUGUGUGGGACCAGUCUUGUGGUGGACGGAGGGUUGAUUGCGAAAUGA